CGUUUACGGCUGACGAAUUUCCAGCACUAAAAGACCAUAGCGGCAUGUCAAGGCCCGAUGGACCAUUAUCUUCAGGAAUGUCAAUAAUGAACGGAUUCGCCCAGAGCAACAAGCAGCACGAUCUUGGUAUAUCAAGUUCAGCAGCAUCAUGGGUAAGGACAACACAACCUCUUUUAUCAACCACCAGUUAUUAUCACUGAGCGGUAUAUUGAUAAAUUCUGAUAUAAAGAAUCGUGAACAGCUCGGUGUUGAUACACCAAAUCAGCAGAGUCUGCAUUUGGCAGCACCAGGGUCGCGGAAAACGGACGUUCCAUUGUCAGGCAGCGAAAGCAUAGACAAGCUAUCUCGAGAUGUUGCGGCAGUUAAUCUAGACGGUUCAGGUGGUAAUCAGCAAGAUAACGCCCCAGAUCCAUAUGGUUUAUUAGGUCUAUUAGGAGUUAUACGAAUGACAGACCCCGAUUUGAGCAUGCUGGCAUUAGGAAGUGAUUUGACUACGUUGGGAUUGGACCUUAACACACCAGACUCAAUAUAUUCAACAUUCAUUUCACCUUGGUCAGAUAACCAGACCCCUGCAGGGCUCAACAUAGAGCCAGAAUUCCAUCUCCCUGCCUGCUAUCGAAGCGUACAGGCAACGCCACCGGCACAGCAGCGAAUGAGGACGUUCUCAGAUGAAAUUCUGUUCUAUGUUUUUUACUGUUUGCCAAGGGAUGUUGCUCAAGAGGCUGCGGCACAAGAACUGUAUGCUCGUAAUUGGCGAUAUCACAAAGAGUUAGGUCUUUGGCUCACGAAAGAGCCAGAUGAAAAUGGCCGGCCUGUCCCAUUCCGAAGAACGUCACCCAAUGCCUACGAACGUGAUGUUUUCGUUUUCUUUGAUCCAAGUACGUGGCAGAAAAUCAAGCGGGAGUACACUCUGCUGUGGGAUUCAAUCGAAGAUAGGUCGCAGCAGUUACCAGCAAUGGGACUCAAUAAUCCAGGCAUCUCACCUGGAGUUUCAAAUCGAGGUGUAAUGAUAUAAUUUUUUUGGCCCCCUUUCCUCACACUGCUUGGUGUGAUGUUCAAUGUCAGAUAUUAAAGGCUCAAUUAGUUGAAACCGAAGCAAAAUUUAUUGGUGAUCAAGCAA